AUGUCGAAACGUUCUAAGCAGAAUGGCAAUUUUUAUAAAAAACGAGCUCGGUUGUUAAACGAUGUUGCUAGAAGCGUCGAUGAGUUAAACAUCACGCUGGAAACGGCUUCAACCACUGUAUGGCCAGAUCUAGGAGUGGAAAUAACGCAACAAGAUCUUGAAUCUUUGUUUGCAACAAGCAGUUCUGCAGCUGUCGAUAGUAUUAGAAGUAUUGAUGACGACAAUACGAUACAAAUCGAGGAUGUCGACGAUUUUCCAAACGCAGAUAAUCCGUAUAAUUUCAUGGAGAAUUUAAAUUUAAAAGAUGCACUCGUACAUCUUAUCACUUUGGGCCGCGCAUCUCGUUUUUUAACCGAAGGGUUUCUAGCAAUUUUGAGAAAAUAUUUCAAAGCAAAAGUACCCAAAACUAAACGAACCCUCUUAAAAACACCCACCCAAAUUGGAUCUGAAAUUAAAUCAAUACAAGGCGGCCAUUUAUGGUAUCAUGGUAUUGAGAAAGUCCUUUCGAAAUAUUUUGAGAAUAUUGUACCAGAAGUAGAAAAAAUUACGAUCGAUUUGUCAAUCGAUGGGCUACCUCUUUUUAGAAGUUCCCGUAAGCAGCUUUGGCCAAUACAGAUUAGAGUGGCAGAAUUGGCCAAACAUCCGGCAAUGAUUGUUGGAAGUUUCGGAGGAUCUGUUAAACCUAGUGUAGAAGAGUUUUUAAGACCAUUGGUUGAAGAAAUUAAUGAACUACAAAAAAGAGGUUUGCAAUUCGGAGAUAAGUUAUUACCAUUUUCUCUUCGUGCAAUUAUCGCCGACUCACCAAUGCGGGCCACUUUAAAAGCCACCAUGAAUUACAAUGGGAAACAUGGAUGCCUAAAAUGCACUUGUGUUGGAACGACAAUUGCAAAUAGCGACUCUAACAAAAUAAUUUUUGAUUCGGUAAACGCUGAUCCACGUACCGAUGAAGGAUUUAGGCAAAGACUGGACGAAUUGCACCAUAAACCAUGGCGUACUCCUCUAGAGGACAUCGAUGGUUUUGAUAUGGUUGAAGGUAUUCCUGUUUCUGAUAGACUGCAUUUAGUGGAUGAAGGAGGUACUCAAAAAAUUUUAGCUGGUAUUCUUGAUGAUAAUUUCGAAAAUGUGGAACACUUGUUUCCUCGACAGAAGGAUGCCAUAUCAGCAUUUAUAAUGAAAAUACGAUUACCUUCUGAAAUACCUCGUAGAAUCCGCCAUCUGAACGAAGUUCCUUUGUGGAAAGCUACAGAGUAUCGGACAUUCCUACACUACUUGAGUGUAGUAAUAUUGAAAGAUAUUUUCAAGCAAGAAGCAAUGUUCAACCAUUUCUUGUUUUAUUUUUGCGGAAUUACAAUUUUUUCUACCAAGGCACACCAACAAUAUUGGCCUCUUGCUUGUAAAAUGUUAGAUGAAUUCGUAAGACAUUUCGGAAAAUAUUUUGGGCGGUCAAAUUUAAUUAGCAAUAUCCACAACCUGCAGCACGUGGGUAAAGAAGUUAUGAAAUAUGGGCCGUUGGAUUCUUAUUCUGCCUACGAAUUUGAAAAUAACUUGCGAUUCGUCAAGCAGUGCGUUAGAUCUGGAACUAAGAUAGUAGAACAGGCUGCUGGAAGAUUGAUCGAACGUAGUCAUGUCAUAAAGGCUAAAACGCUGACCGUUCCUUAUUAUCCGCAACUCAAAGCAAAUGGUCGUUUUUUCAUAAAUGAGGAAUUUUCGCUUCAGAAGCAGUUUCAAAAUCGUUGGUUUCUAACAAAAGAAAACAACAUUAUCCAGUUUACAAAUGUGAAAAAAAUCGAAAACUCUUUUAUCAUUUGUGGUAACAUGGUAGAAUCUUGUGAGGAACUAUUUAAUGUAGUAUCUGACGAGGAUAAUGUUUUAGCAGACAUACAACUUUCGUCGGUUGAGCUUUGUAAAUUUAAAGUUAAACUUAAUGUUCGUUUAUUCGAGGUGGAAGUACCGUGUACUAGUAUAAAAUGCAAGCUUGUUCCUAUUUUCAUACCAUCCCGGUCCUUAAUACAGCUUCCUAUCAGAGUACCUCCCCAGCCAGAUUCAAUAGCAUUAUUUCCAUUGUUGCACACUUUUUUGUAA